AUGACUGCAUUCAGUUAUAGAAAGGCUAUAUCAAGUGUUGCAGUGUCAGUCUUUAACAUUUCUGGAGUGGAAAUCUCGACCUUCUUCCUGAUUGGGAUCCCAGGGAUGGAGCAUUUUCACAUUUGGGUCUCUGUCCCCAUUUGCCUUAUACACCUCAUUGCCAUCCUGGGGAACUGCACCAUCCUCUUUUUCAUAAAAACAGAGACCUCUCUGCAUGAGCCAAUGUAUUAUUUCCUCUCCACGCUGGCCUUUUCUGACCUGGGCCUACCCAUCUCCUCCCUUCCAACCAUGCUGAGAAUCUUCUUGUUCAAUGCCACUGGAAUUUCCCCUGAUGCUUGCUUUGCCCAAGAGCUUUUCAUUCAUGGAUUCUCAGCUAUGGAGUCAUCAGUUCUUUUUAUCAUGUCCAUCGAUCAUUUUAUAAGCAUCUACAACCCUCUGAGAUACACCUCAAUUCUGACCAGUGCUAGAGUCAUUAAAAUUGGCCUUGUAUUUGCAGCAUUAUGCAUUUUGUUUGUCCUCCCUUUCCCAUUUAUUCUAAAGAGUUUGAAAUUCUGUAAGAAAAGCCUUCUAUCCCACUCCUACUGUCUCCACCAGGAUGUCAUGAAGCUGGCCUGUUCUGACAACAGGGUCAGUAACAUCUAUGGAUUGUUUGUAGCUCUUGCUUCUUUAUUGUACUUGUUGUGCAUUUCUGUCUCUUACAUGCUGAUCCUGAAAAUUGUUCUGGGCAUCACCUCACACAAGGACUGCCUCAAGGUCCUCAACACUUGCAUCUCCUACAUCUGUGCUGUGCUCAUCUUCUACGUGCCUAUUGUCAUCUUGGCUGCCCUUCACUGCUUUGCCAAAAAUGUUUCUCCAGUAAUUAGGGUCAUCAUAGCUGAUAUAUUCCUUCUGGUUCCCCCUCUAAUGAAUCCCAUUGUGUACUCCGUGAAGAGUCAGCAGAUUAGAAAUUGGAUCCUGGCGAAAUUAUGUGGGAAACGAAGUUGA